AUGGCUCAGAAAGAGAAACUGCAGUGCCUGAAGGACUUCCAUAAGGACACUCAACCGUCCCCCGGUAAGAGCCCUGGCACCAGGCCUGAGGAUGAGGCAGAGGGCAAACACCCGCAGCGGGAGAAGUGGGCCAGCAAACUGGACUUUGUUCUGUCCGUGGCUGGCGGCUUUGUAGGUUUAGGGAACGUCUGGCGUUUCCCGUACCUCUGCUACAAGAACGGUGGAGGUGCAUUUCUCAUCCCCUACUUCAUUUUCCUGUUUGGCGGAGGUCUGCCAGUCUUCUUCCUGGAGGUCGCCCUGGGUCAGUUCACCUCUGAGGGUGGCAUCACCUGCUGGGAGAAGCUCUGCCCCAUCUUUACUGGUACGUAGCCCGCUCUGCUGCACCUCUAUUCUCAGCUCUAUUUGCAGAAUACAGAAGAAGAAGAAGAAGAACUGAAGAGUACAUGUGGAGGUUUGGUUGCACUCUAGUGUGUCUUGUCUCAUGUGGGAUCUCAGACUCCUGGAAACCCCUCCCUGAGCACUAUGGAGACAGGCUCCACAUUCAGCAAGAUAACCUGCGAGCACAGCCGUGCAGUUAGCCGCUAAAGAGCUGCAUAUUUCCCUCAGGAGUCCGAGGAGACCAAUUACUGACAAACAAACAGCGUAUUGAACAGUGGCCUGAGCAGUAAACGCUGCAUGAGUAAAUAAUCAAGUUUACUGACAUUGUUUGUUAAAAAUAGGUCGUUUGUGUUGACGCUGCAUUUUUACCAAGCUUACUGUUCUGAUUAUAACUCGUUAAAAGGCGUUACAGUGAGAGCGCUCCAGAUAAACACCUCGGCCAGAGUAAACAUGCUGAUUGGACGAUCAGCUGGUUGCAGAGUUUGGGUUUAAACCUCUGUAAGCCGAUCAAAUAAGAAUUUGGACUUUGUCAACAACCCCACUUGAUUAAUUUCUGACUGCCUUUUGCAGUUUUUGACACCUUUGCAUUGGCUUCAUUUUCUAACUGGGACUGGGUCAUCAUCCAAAGUAAAAGGAAAUAAAAAAACUAAUAAUAAAAUAAUUAUGAUAAUAAUAAUUCAGGAGAUUACAGAAUAAACCUUUAACAGACAAGGAGAAGUGUAGAAAAUUCUAACAAUUCAAAAAACAUGAAUAAAUGCAAAUUAAACAGAAUAAAGUGAUGAAAGAGUAGAACAAUAAAUCAUUAUU